CCUUUAACGGUAAACUCGGUGAAAUUCCAUAACGCAAUACACAAACUGUCAGAAGAGGUUCCCAACAGCUGAGGGACGAAAUUAGAAAAGAAGAAGAACAAUAAUGACACCGCACAGUCGGGUGCUAAAGACUUUAAUAUGCUUCACAUUGUUUCUGUGUGGCAUGUGCUCGUCGGAAAAGGAAAUAACCAAAAAGAACGAUCGUCUUCGCAAGCGCUACAUCUCUGACGACGACAUCGCUCUGCUGUUAUCCCAAAUCAACAACGAGCUCAAACGUAGCGACGGCUUCUUCCUGGACCAUCCGUUUGGCUCGCCGAUCAGCGAACCGGACUCCAACUCCGGGAGCGGGGAGAUCAUCGACCAACUGUCGCAGCUGGGCCAGUCGUUUCUGGAGGCAGACGAGAAGUUCAAGCGGUACGGCUACAACAAGAACGCGGGUUUCGGAACCCGGCAUCUGGACACGCUAGGAGGGUACGAGGUCCACAGGUACAAGAAGAGGUCCGCGGAUGAAUCUCACUCCAGACGUAAGCGAGAUGCCGGAGAUAGUGAUGAAGAUGAGCAAGACCACGAAGAUGUCAAGAGAGCUCUAGACACCCUCGGUGGGUUCAACGUUCACAGCUUUAAGAGAGCUUUUGACAGCCUUGGGGGAAUGAAUGUUCAUGGUGGUUUCAAAAGGCCAUUUGACAGUCUUGGAGGAAUGAAUGUCCAUGGUGGUUUCAAAAGGCCAUUUGACAGUCUUGGGGGAAUGAAUGUCCAUGGUGGUUUCAAAAGGCCAUUUGACAGUCUUGGGGGAAUGAAUGUCCAUGGUGGUUUCAAAAGGCCAUUUGACAGUCUUGGGGGAAUGAAUGUCCAUGGUGGUUUCAAAAGGCCAUUUGACAGUCUUGGGGGAAUGAACGUGCAUGGUGGAUUUAAGCGACCAUUCGACAGCCUUGGGGGAAUGAACGUGCAUGGUGGAUUUAAGCGACCAUUCGACAGUCUUGGCGGGAUGAAUGUCCAUGGUGGAUUUAAGCGACCAUUCGACAGUCUUGGCGGGAUGAAUGUUCAUGGUGGAUUUAAGAGACCAUUCGACAGCCUAGGGGGAAUGAACGUACAUGGUGGAUUUAAGCGACCAUUCGACAGUCUUGGCGGGAUGAAUGUCCAUGGUGGAUUUAAGCGACCAUUCGACAGCCUAGGGGGAAUGAACGUCCAUGGUGGAUUUAAGCGACCAUUCGACAGCCUAGGGGGAAUGAACGUACAUGGUGGAUUUAAGCGACCAUUCGACAGCCUUGGGGGAAUGAACGUACAUGGUGGAUUUAAGCGACCAUUCGACAGCCUUGGCGGAAUGAAUGUUCAUGGUGGUUUUAAGCGACCAUUCGACAGCCUUGGCGGAAUGAACGUUCAUGGUGGCUUCAAGCGAUCGGAACUCGACACCCUCGGUGGAUUUAAUGUUCACACAUUUAAGAGAAGUGCAGAAAAAACCGAGAUAAAAGACGAGAAAACUGACAAGACCGAAGAAUAAGAUGGGAAUUGGUCCGGCAUCCUCUAAUGUAUUUGAACGACAAAACCAUAACACAUGCUCAAACAUACUCCGACCUGUUUUAACAUGCUCCAAUAUGUUCCAACCUACUCCGGCGUACUCUGGCAUGUUCCAACUUACUCUAAUGCGUUCCAGCAUACUCCGAUGUGUUCCAGCGUACUCCGGUGUACGUUCCAACAUACUUUAACAUGUUCCAACCUACUCUCGUGCGUUCAGUCAUACUCCAAGACACUCAGACGUACGUUCCACCGUGUGUUCCAAGACACUCUGGCGUGCGUUCCAACAUACUCUGACAUGUUCCAAUUUACGAUCAUACGUUCAUCUUACUCCGGUAUGUUCCAAGAUACUCUGACGUACGUUCCACCGUGUGUUCCAAGAUACUCUGACGUACGUUCCACCGUGUGUUCCAAGAUACUCUGACGUACGUUCCAACAUACUCUCUCAUGAUCCAACUUACUGUUAUUAAAUUCCAGCAUACUUCGAUGUGUCCCAGCGUAUUGUAGUCUCUGUUCUAACAUACUCUGAUUGAUUUCAUUGUCUCAAUUUACUCCGAUGUGUGCUCCAACCCACGUCGUUUCAUGUUUAAAAUACCUUCGUGUGUGUUACACCAUAUACCAAGAAAACAAAGAACCUUGAAAAUCUAAACACCAGAUGUUCAAUUCAAAAACAGACUUUUACAAUAUUUUGCACAUAUGGCUGUGGAUGUAAAUACUAAAGCCAAAUUUAUGAGUGUGUUGUCAUCCCUUUAAAACCUUAUUCUGCAGAAAAAAAGGUGAUUUCAUUUUACACUGUAUGGUAGUUUCCCAGCUGAUGUCAAACGGGACGAAGCGUGUAUUCAAAUAAAUAAGUUUGUACUUGCUUAGGUAAAUAAACUCGUACUGAAACACGUGAGUGGGUACUUGCUUGGGCAAGUAAACUGUUACUGAAAUAGAUAAGUUUGUAGUUGCUUAGGUAAGUAAACUCGUACUGAAACACGUAAGUGGGUACUUGCUUGGGCAAGUAAACUGUUACUGAAAUAGAUAAGUUUGUAGUUGCUUAGGUAAGUAAACUCGUACUGAAACACGUAAGUGGGUACUUGCUUGGGCAAGUAAACUGUUGCUAAAAUAGAUAAGUUUGUAGUUGCUCAGGCAAGUAAACUCGUACUGAAAAACGUAAGUGGGUACUUGCUUAAGCAAAUAAACUAUUACUAAAAUAGAUAAGUUUAUAGCUGCUUGGGCAAGUAAACUCUUACUGAAAUAGAUAAGUUUGUAGUUGCUUGGGCAAGUAAGACAAUAUUCAUAUAUGUUACAUCAAAGUUAUAUUAAAAUCAAUAGUUAACCGGUCAGUGAUAAACUACAGUGUUGCAGUUUAAUUAUUAAAUAAAUUAUUUUAUUCAAAACAAAAUAAUUAUGUAGACAUAGUGAGUACCCAUUCCUAUGAUAAUGGAACAAAUCUGUAAAUGAUGAAACACUUAUAUUCGUGGAAAUGCACGGUGUUUUUUUUUGUUGUGUUUUUUUUUUUUUUUACAUAGGAAAUACGUUUGACUGUACUGUCAUUUCUCGUAGGCGUUUACUAGAAAUCACUGUACAUGAUAGUAUUUUCGUGUCUACGGGAAUUCAGUCUAGUAAAACGUAGCACCAGUGUUACAGACAUGCGAAUUACCACACAUUUGAGUAUUGGAUUAUUUUCAGAUUAGUUUCUGUUGUACCGGAAUGGUUGCUGUAUAUAUGUAUACAGUAUCGUAGCAAUUAUUUUACAAAUUAAACCGCAAAAGCUGUAUUUAAUUGUUGUUUUUUUACUUUAUGGUCAUUUGUAAAACAGAACGAAAAUAACGUUUAUAAUAUAACUGAAAAUAACACAUACUAAUUUCAUGGUUUAGAUAUGUUCAGCAAGUACAAACUUACCUCUGUAGAUACGUAAAAAUCACCGUACACUAUAUCGAAAAAUUACCAAACAAUGUAUCCGGGAAAUCACCGUACAGUUUAAUCUGGAAAUCACGGUACAUUGUAUCUGAACAUCUCCGUACAUUGUAUUUGGAAAUCAUUGUACAUUGUAUUCGGAAAUCUCCGUACAUUGUAUCUGAAAAUCACUGUAUAUUAUAUCGGGAAAUCACCGUACACUAUAUCUGGAAAUUACAGGGUUUUUUUCUGCAGGACAGCGUUGUACAGGGGUGGUUAUGUGCCAGGAGGCUACUGAUCUCAACGUGUUUUUGUUAUUGCGUCUAUGCAUAGCUGUACUAAAUGACUAUAACACAAUAAACGACACGAUGUUCG